CAAAUAGAACCCGGAAAAAAGACGAGGAAACAGAAGCGUUUUCCUUCAUCGUGAGCCUUUCGUUUCGGUUGGCAUUUGUAUACAUCGUUGUUCGGUUCGCUGCCCGUAUGCCUUGUGAAAUUUCUGGAUUUUUUAAUUGAAAGAAAAAGUUAAAUACAUGUGUACAUAUAUUGUGUAAAAUAGCCGGCUUGUGAAAAUUCUGUAAAAAAGAGCGGGAGUGUGCGGAACUACUAAAUAUUUAUUUUUUCGGACGCGUGUGUAAUGCGCGAAAUGCAAAAAAUUGCAAUUUAAAUCACCAAACCUGUAUUAUUAAAUGAUUUGAUUUUGUUCUAGCAACGUAUAUCAUAUGUACCUACAUAUAUCGCGUAUAGUGAUUUUUCAGAGUUUUCAAGUGUCUCGUUUAAGAUUCUUCUAUAAAACAAGUAAAAGUGUCACGCCCAUUGAAGCAGCCCAUAUUGGCAUCAAUAUAUAAGUACAACAGCAAUACCGAAGCGUCCAGGAAAAAUCGAAAUCCUACGAAGAGUAGUAUAGCGAGGAAUAGUGGAAAAACGCCCAAGAACAGGUGCAACCAAAGAAGAUAUAAGUUGUGAGAGCUUCGAAGCUGCCUCUAGUUUAUCAUAUACCAGAAGUUUAUGCUCUCCACCGCAACGGCGGCGUCAAAGGUGUACAGCCGAAGGAGUCGUUACAGUUACAGCAGCAGCAGCAGCUGAAGACAGGAGAAAUCCAGCUACGCUUCAGAAUGCUAUUUGCAGCUUGCACCACAGCAGCGCCCAAAACGCUGCAGCAUACUGCGCAUGCCGCCAAAAACUUGGGGCAGCAGCAGUUGACGACGCUGCAACAGCUGAAGGAUCAGCAUGCGUUGUCCUUAUCACCGUCGUCAUCGUCGCCAUCAUCAUCAUCAGCACCGUCAUCGGGUUUGCCAACACCGUUGCAAAUGUCACCUCAACAUCAUCAAGGGGCAGCAACGGGAAAUGCAGUUGCUGCAGCAGCGGUAGCAGUGGCAGCGGCUGCGCGUGCAAACGACGAGGCAAAAGAGGCUAUGCGUAAACUCGACGCCAAACUGGUCGCCUACUUGGCUGGUGAUACAAAGCUGCAACCAAAGCAAUCGGAAUCGGAGCUGGACCUGGAGUUGAAUUCGCAGAAUGCCACUUGCGCCAAUGUCGAUGCAUUUGUUGAGGAUGAAUUCGGAGAUGCAGUCGAAGACCGUGUUGAGACUUUGACACGCGAGGAACUCCAGCUAUUCAGACGCAUCAAGAGCGUCAAGCUGCAAUUGGAGGCGCUUACCCUAGAGCCAGAAGGCACUAAACGCAUGGAAUUGCUGCAGAAUGACAUACGUCCCAUAUUCACUGUUGAAUGUCAGCUAUCGCACGAAUUGAUCAAGCAUGUGCCACGCUAUGAAAUGUUCAAUAUUAUGCAAUUCGAAUCGGAGAAGUUCCAUAGCCUAACGCAGUGUACGCGUUUCGGUCAGGAAUCACAGCGCGAUGUCAACUUGACGCCAUUAAUCGAUGAACUCGAUUGUAUGCAUAGCAACAGCAACAAGAACAAGAAGAGCGGCGCUACUGUCGCUUCGGCUGCGGAUAAGCCAAACUUUGGCCGCAUACACUUUGCGGUGUGGUGGCGCGAACCCGGCACUUGCUUGAAUGAAAUGCUUGGCAUGGGCGUAUUUGAGUUGCGCGAAUUGUACGAUGCAGCAUUGUUGGAACAAUGCAAACGCAUUACCAUUCAGAGACGUGGUGUGCCGCUGGCAAAUAUCUAUUUAAAAAUCAAUUUACUCUUGUGCGCAUCAGCUGAUAGCAACAAUAAUUCAGCAGCAGCGGCAAUUAAGCAGCACCACCCGGGCGGUGAUAAGCAACAGGAGACUAAUAGAGCGACUGGUGAUGCAGCAAGUGGCAUUAGUGGCACCGCUAUGUCGGCGGGCACAGCCGCAACCUCCUCUUCCUCCUCGAAUAAUGAAGCUAAUGCAGCCAAAACCAAAGAUAACAAUGAUGUACAAGUUGGCACGAGCAGCAGCUUCAACGCUGAAACGUUAAAAAUACGCCUGCUGACGGGCCUUGUGUAUGCUUGUGAGGUUCGGGAUAUGGUUAUGUGUUUGAAUCGCGAGUAUCAUCUGGUAUGCGAACGCUUUUGGAAAUCAGAGCCAGCCACAUCAAAGUCUGAGUAUUCGCAAAUGUUUUACUAUCAGGAGCAAUUCGCCAUAAUAAGAGAUGCAAACUUUUUGAAUCGUGUCAAGCGUAAGCAUUUGAAACUACAGAUUUGUCAACGCCCUAUUAGCGCAGCCGCAGUUGAUAAUAAUGGCAAUCCAAAAAUGCCCCUGGAACCAGUAGGCGUGGUACUAUUGCCACUACAUCAAUUUUUCAUAGCAUUCAGCAAUGAAAUGAUGGCAAAUCGUUUGGUUACCGAAAAGCUUCCCGUUAUUUCCAUUGACGCUUGGACACCUAUUUUGGGUCAGAAUGGCGAAAAGUUGGGUGAAAUUAAGUGUCUGCUUGCUAUUGGUAGCGAAGAGCAGAUAAAAAAUCUUAAAUUACAACGUGGCUUUCGCCCUUUACACGCCGACAUGUUUAGCAGUAUUGCCAUAGACGCUACACGAGAGCCACUCUAUCCAAGUCUUCUCAUACCACCCGAAGAUAUUAAUGCAGCAAUUAAAGGAGCAAACACACCAAAAAGUAUUCGGCGUACAGUAAAUUUGAUGGAAAUGUUGCAAGAAGCUUUGGAACAAACGCAAUCGUCACCGCAAACGUCUGCGGCGUCUUCAAUGUUAUCACUACCGACGCCAAAUUCAAUGUCGUCAGCGGCGGCUACCCAGCAACAGCAACAAGUGCAGCCCAAAGUGUGUUUACAGGAACGCACUUUCCAAUUUGAGUUGUAUAUUGAUUGUGCGGCAUCAUUGCCGCUAAAUCCUUCCGCUAAGGGUAAGGGUGGAAAGAAUGCUUCUAAGCGUUCAGCAUCCAAGCGUUUUCCAGCAGGCGAGCCACCAACCACAUACGUUACAUUCCAAGCAGAUGAGUGUUCGGGCAGUAGCGGACCUUAUAAGUCGCAUGAGGGGAACGUUUAUGCCACAGAUGUUGUUGAGCGCAGUACGCAUCCGCGUUUUACGCAACUCUUUUUGGUCACUGUAGGCGCUGAAUAUUUAGAAAAUCCUAAGCAAAAUUUCAUUUUGAAGCUAUGGAAAAAGGCUAAUGUACCGCCGACUGGCAAUGGCAGUAGUAGCUCCGGUACGACUGCACGUUUGGUACCCAAGCCAAUUGAUGAUGCCAUCAUAGGUUUUACCGCAUUGGACUUGGGCGUUUUUUUGCGUGGCAUGCAUAUUGGUGGCACUUUCAAUGUGAUCGAUUUUAAUGGACGCAUGAAUGGGCAGUUGCAGUUGAGUGCCAAGCCAAUGGAAGGGUGGUAUGUUAAGUUUCUCGCACAACGUAUAUAUAAACAUCCACAGCCGCAAAAGGAAACACAAUCUAGACCAGAUCUACAGUUUAUUAUCCCUGCUUCUGUUUCUGCUCCUGCUAACAACGCACAAUGCGCUGUUGGCGCUUCCAUUGACAAUGUCAUUGAACAAUUUGGAAACUCACUCGAUCUCACACACUUAAAUCUUAGUCAAGCCGUUAAGCAUAAAUUUAAUGAGCUGGAGGGUAUUUCCAAGCGCUUGCGCACACGUCUUAGCAGCGUGACUGGUGAGCCAUUGCCGGAGCAGUUCGAUGCGGCCGGUUUGAAUGAUUGGCGAUCGUUGAAUGAUGUGAUUGGAGAAGAGUUACCAAUGGAUAUUGAAUUAAAUGAAUUUGAGCGCGACAUUAAUUUACCACCGUUGGAUGAUGUGACUGAAAUGGUAAAUGCAAAUGAAGUGAAUGAAUUCGAGCGUGAUAUUAAUAAAUCCGCUGAUGCGGCAGGUGAUGAUGACCCCAAGGGCGUAGACGAUAAUGAACUCGAAGAGGCCGUUGAUGAUAAUAAGGGUGAUAAAAAAGAAAAUUUGAUCUCAAAGACGGCACCCGGUGCAGCCGAUCCCAUUGUUGAAUAGUGGCGACAUAAACACCGGAAAAUAACUAAGUCAGCAGCAGCAACAGCAGCGAUGAAAAUAAGAAAUACUAUUACAAUUAAACUUAUGCAACACACAUGUCAGUCUAUAGCACUCUUAGCAUCACAAAUAACAUUUUUAGCACCAUUACUACUAACCCCACAACAACCACCGACCGUGAAGGCAUCACCCCCAAUCCAGCUCAUCAUUAAAACGCUCCUUGCAUUUUCAAUAAAGGCUCAAUAGUACUUAAAUAAAUUUAUUCAUCGUAAUAAUAAGUAAAGCGCAACUUUUGCCAAUUUUUAUUAAUAAUAUUACUAAAUGUGUACGAGUAUGAUAAUAUAGUGGCUAUUGCAACUACUAUAUUUAUGGAAGUUUUAAACGACCUGCGAUUCUUAAUAGCUAAGCGAAAUUGUUAUUACUUUCUCCCCUCCUUGUCUUUAUAAAUAAUGUAUUUCACCAAAUUAGCAUUAAUUAUUUACUUUAUGAAAUAUACAUACAUAAAAAUGUAGUUACCGUAUAUACAUACAUACAUACAUACGUUUAAGUAUUGAGUUAUAUACUAAAUUUCGAGAGAAAAGAAACCACGUAUUUAUAAAUGAAGUAUUUAGUUGCACUAAAUUAUUUUUAUUAUUAUUACUAUUACUAUAUGUACAAUGUAAUCAUUGAAAAUUCCAAAAGAGUAGAUAUGCAAGGCAUUCGAUUAUCAAUUAAAAAUCGUAAAAGUGGAAUAAAAACGAAAAUUCUUAUCCAAGCCCAGAAACAGAAUCUUUGUGUAUAAACUAGAAAUGAAAAUC